AUGGUGGCUAGAAUUUUAUUUUUCGCGACCUUUGCUCUUUCUUCAGUAAACCUGCUAGUUUUCUUCAGUGAAAACACCCAGAGCUCUCUGAUUUCCUUUUUCCAAGAAAAUUUGUCAGAGAUAAUAGGCAAUUCAAUCACUUUUGAUAUCCUUUUUUUUACAGCAAGUGUAUCAACAAAUUUUUCAAUUCUCUUUCGAGGAGACCUCCCUGUGGUUAUUGAUGCUACUUAUGAUAUCAAUUUGAGUCAAUAUUUAUUAGCAGCCACAGAAGAAAAUCAUAUAUUGAAUCUUAGCUUAGAUUCAAACAUCAUCCCUACAGGAGCAUGACAAUAUCAUUUGCAUACUGCUUUUGAAGGCCAGCUCUCAGCUAUUGAGGAAUUUUUAAACUAUUUAGGAUUAAGCCAAAUUGCUAUGAUAAGCACGAACACGCUCGAUUCCAUAAAAAUUUCAAAUAGCUUUGAGGAAGACUUCUUGAAAAAAGUGAAAUUAAAAGUAUCACUUACAGACACUCUAAGCUCAGAAAGUACUGAUAAUAUAGCAGGUAGGCUAUUAAAACCAAAUGGGAUGCAAAAUUUUAUAAUGUUUUGUGAAGGGAGCUAUAUUGACAUUUUCGUAACCUCUUUAAUAAAUAAAAAAAUUUAUAAAGCAGGUGCAAGCGUUUUGAUUUGAAGUCAAGGAAUAUGAGGAGGGACCAAUGACGGGCUUUUGUACUUAGUUGAGCAAGGUCUUGAAAUGUCAGCAUCUUAUCUUGAAUAUGAAGCGCUCACUGUUAAAGCUUUCACAAGUUUGGUAAUUGAAUAUAUUAAUACUUUUUCAAGCAGCCAAGGCCCUAAUAUUGAUAGCAGAUCAUUAAAACAGUACAUGGAUGCGCAUACAGAUAAUCAUUAUAGGUUUCCAAUUUAUUCUUUGGUGAAUAUCGUCAAUUCUUUGAAGGUUAAAGUUGGGACUGUGACAAAAAAUCAAAUUUCUUUAUCUAGUCAAAUUAUUUAUCCUGGCAAUUCAACUGCAAAGCCUUCAAUAUCGAAGGCACCUAUAAUAAUGUCUCUAACUAGCUCAGGAAAUGAGCCGGAUGGAACCUACAACUCUUAUCAGCCAAUCAUAUCGCAAGGUAAUUUUUUUGCCAGAGACUGAAUCAAUAACAGCUCUUUGAUUCUGGAAAAUUUCAAAAUUGUUUUUACAGAGAACAGCUGUGGGACCAGUGUAUUUAUUCAUGAUAAAGCUGUCACAUGUUAUACUCCCUUGAAAGAUGAGCUGGGCUUGUUCUUUCUCGGGUCUGAUUACUAUGCAGCGGAUAUUGGUGUAAUGCUUCUCUUACGGGAAUGGAAUAUUUCUAUGGCACAUGUCGAUACAGCUACAAGCCCCCUCCUUUCCAACAAAACGUUGUAUCCUGAGUUUAUGAGGGUUGUGCCAAGUGGCAGCUACAAUGCUGUAGUUUUAGUAAAACUUUGUCAAAUUUUUGGGUGAAACAAUGUAAAUGUUGUGUAUGCUAAUCUCAGCACAAACAUAGCUAUGUAUAAUACUUUUGUAAGCGAAGCUACUAAAGUUGGCAUCACAAUCGCAAACGAUGAAACUAAGAGAAUCCUGCCACAAAAUUAUGCGAGGACAAUGCUCGAAAAUUAUCGAUAUGUUUUUCAAGCCGUUAAGGACACUAAGGUGAGGAUUUUUAUCACUUUUCAAGGAGCAAGUUCAAGCUAUCAGGCAGUUGAAGGUCUCUAUGACGUCGGAAUGCGAAAAGGAGAUGCUGUUGUGGUCCUUUCGUCAAAAACUGGAGGCCAAGCUAUCAUACAAAAUUAUGUGCAAGAAUAUUUGACAAAACUACUGGAACUUUUAUGUGGGUGUAUAAGCGUGAGUGCUGUGGAGUACACUGGCGAGUUCGGAAAUGAAAUCAAAAAUAGCAUGGCUAGCUACUGAGGAAGCUCUCCCAGCUUUAAAGGUUCUCACUUUGAUCAGACUUUGUUAGCGGCAUACGGAGUUGAUUUUGCAAUUAAAAAAGGGGAAGAUUUCGAAAAUGCAGCAGUUUUAAUAAAAUCCACUCGGGCACAAAGAAUUACUGGAGCUUCUGGAACAAUUGCAAUAGACUCUACCUCAAAUGAUCGGAGCUAUAUGAUUCUAACUCCCCCCCGUGAGUGAACAGAACCAUUAGAAAAAUCCCUAUUUUUUGCUCGAAAACCCAUCCUCCGCGAGUAAACAAAAAUUUUUUUUAAUAGAAACAUUUUUUUAUGACAAAUAUUUGAUAUAUAAGUGAUUAUUAGUAUAAUGAAAUUUCGAGCUAAUUCUGUUUAAUUUUAAACAAAUUGCGUUUUAAAACAUAAAUUUUAUAAAUUAAAAUUAAUAUUUGCUUCAAUUUUUGCAAAUAGGAUUUUGGAAAAAAAAACAAUUUUAUAUAUAAUGUGUUUUUUUUAAAAAAAAUUUAACCCCCUCCAUGAGUGAACAAACGUUUUUUGUUCACCCACGGAGGGGGAGUAAGCAUCAACAAUUUUUAUGCAAGCAAUCAGACAGGAGUUUAUAAUGAAAGUGUUCCUGGGUAUUAUAUACCCACUUCAAGCACUCCAAUACAAAUCAGCUCAAAUAUAAUAUGGCCUGGGCCUUCAUAUAAUGUCCCAAGCGAUACUAUUGCUCUAAAUUCAGACUGUCCGUUCGAUCAAUCCUUAUCUGAAGAUUCCACUAACUCCCUUCCCCUCCGUGAGCGAACAAAGCCAUUAGAAAAAAUCCCUAUUUUUGCUCAAAAACCCCUCCGUGAGCGAACAAACAUUUGUUAAAUAGAAGAAUUUUUAUGAUAAAAUUUUGAUAUAAGUGAUAAUUAGUAUUACAUAUCUAAUGCUAAUUCUGUUUAAUUUAAACAAAUUGCGUUUUAAAACAUAAAAUUUAUAAAUUAAAUUAAUAUUUGCUAUCGAAUUUUUGUGAAUUAGGAUUUUUUUUAAAUUUAUAUAUAAUUUUUUUUUUAAAAAAAAAUUUAACCCUCCUCCGUGAACGAACAAGUUUUUUUGUUGGCUCACGAAGGGGGAGUAAAGGGAUUGCUACAUUUGCUACUAUUUGCUUCUCAUUAGCUUUAAUCAGUUUUAUCAUGACUUUCAUUAUGUGGAAGCGAGGCUUUCCGAACCCUUACCCAAAGCUAACAGAUAAAAGAGAAAUCCAAUUCGCUGACUCGUUUGCAAUGUUUACGAUGAUAGUAGAGGCCUUUCAAUAUAUUAACAUAGGUCCAAAGUUUGAAAAAGACCCUAUUACAGAGUAUCUAGGAAGCUUGUCUAAUAUCAGUGUUGAGCAGUUCACAAGUAUGAAGGGCUCAACAUAUUGACUGUGGCUAGAUAUUAUGCUGGGAAUCAUUUGCUUUUGGUUUAUAAAUUGCCUCGUUUCCUUUAUGAGAAAUCAAGAAUGGAUAAAUAAACUUUUCGUGGUUAGGUGGCUACUUAAAUACAGAGAGAUCGUAAUUCCGCUCCUUGGAAAUACAUUUUUUAUAGCAAUUAUCAAUAUUCUUUUAAGUGUAUUUAAAUGCUCAAAAUCAAUUGGCAGUGAUUUAGACACAAGCUAUAUGGAUAUUGAUUGCCAUGAGUUUUGCUGGCAGGGCACUCAUAUCGGUUAUGCAAUAGUCAGCAUUUUUGUGCUGCUGUUAUAUCUUCCUAUCUCUAUUUUGCUAAGGCCUAUGUGGACCAAUCUUAAGCUAGAACAAAAUUUAAGAUGUCAGCCUGAAUAUUUAACUAUUAAGAGCGCUGUGCAAGUCAUAUACAUCGCUUUGAACAAAGCAAUUUCUAUUUAUAGUAAAACUGCGCAGGGAUUUAUCUAUUUAAGUUUAAUUAUUGUAUUUAUUGUGUACAACGUCAAAAAACCGCCUUUUAACUAUGACAGAAUGAAUAUGUGGCAGAUUAUUUUAUUAUAGAGUUUGAACCGCUAUUGAUUACCUUUGCGAGGGUUUCCCGCAGCAACUUGGAGUUGACUGCCACCUUUAGGCUACUCGUCAGAGCUCAAAGUUGCUGUGGGAAACCUUCGCAAAGGCAAUCUGUAGUGGUGCAGACGCUAUAUGUUGUGUUUGCUGAUCAGUCCUUUUGACAAGUAUCUCAUCUGGGAUCAAUAAAUUCUAUUUAGAACUUGUGAUUGUUAAAGUUGUGGGAUGAGCGGUCAUGGUCGGCUUAGGGCUUGCUUUGCAAGCCAAAAGAUUCCCUGGACUAUUGAUAAGGCCACAGCCACCAAAUAUUGCCCAGUUAUUCAGAUUUAUGCUGACGUCUGCUGUGAGGGCUGACUCAUUAGCAAAAAGAAACCUGAAAUUUGCAAGCGGAAAAUAUGAAAUGAAAAAAGAAAGUGAAAUAGCUCCAUCAUCUGGAAAAACUGAAGUAGUCACUAUUAAUCAUUCCGUUAUGAAAUUAGAUGAUAAAACUAGGAUGGAAAUUGCAGAAGAAUAUAUGCUAGCUGAAGAAAGCGCUAACGUGUAA